CGGUAGCUGCGCUCGGUGCGGUACCGGCCUCCUGCCCGCGCUCUGCUGGGGGGUGGCGGGUCCGUGGCGGCCCCCUGACGGCCGGUGCGCCCUACUUCGUGUGUCUGCGCAGGGCGUUGGUGGCCCCCGGCAGGGCACCGCGCCGGGAAAGGCAGAGUGGGCGUGCUGGGGGUAGAAAUGCGCUGUCUUUCCUUCAGGUCAGUUCUACCAGCAUGCCACGACGGAGGCGUCCCAAGCCACCUUAGCCAGCGUCUCUCCUGUUUUUGCAGUGAUGAAGUUUGACAAGGAGGGAAAUAAAACCUAUUUUGAAAAGAAGAAAACCGAAUUGUACCAGGAAUUGGGUCUUCAAGCUCGAGAUCUCAGAUUUCAACACCUAAUGAGCAUUGCAACUAGGAACAACAGGAUCAUUGUGAGAAUGGAGUUCUUGAAGGCCGUCAUAACCCCUGAGUUUCUUCUGAUACUAGAUUAUCGUAACUUAAAUCUGGAACACUGGCUCUUCAAUGAACUAGCAUCUCAGCUGGCUGGGGAAGGUCAGCUAGUCACAUAUUCCCUGCCCUUUGAAUUCCGAGCCAUAGAAGCAAUCCUGCAGUACCGGAUCAGCAAACUGCAGGGGAGACUUAACACUUUGCAGCCUCAGAUCCUUGAGACACUGGAAGCUCUAGUGGACCCCAAGCUUUUGUCUGUGGAUAGGAGUAAACUACACAUUCUCCUGCAAAAUGGCAAGAGCUUGUCAGAACUGGAAACAGAUCUUAAAGUUUUCAAAGAAACAAUUCUGGAGAUUUUAGAUGAAGAAGAAUUAAUAGAAGAGCUCUGUCUAUCUAAAUGGACGGAUCCACAAGUAUUUGAGGAGAGUACAUCUGGGAUUGACCAUGCAGAGGAAAUGGAGUUGCUGCUGGAGAACUAUUACAGACAAGCAGAAGAUCUUGCAAAUGAAGCUCGUGAACUCAGAGUACUGAUUGACGACUCUGAAAGCAUAAUCUUUAUCAACCUGGACAGCCACCGUAACGUGAUGAUGAGACUGAACUUGCAGCUGACUAUGGGGACUUUCUCUCUGUCUCUCUUUGGACUCAUAGGAGUUGCAUUUGGUAUGAACCUGGAGUCAUCUCUUGAAGAGGACCCCAGAAUAUUUUGGCUGGUGACGGGGAUUAUGUUUCUGGGAAGUGGACUGAUAUGGCGACGUUUACUUUCCUUCCUUGGGCGGCAUCUAGAACCUCCACUACCUCCUCACGUUCCUGCAGUUUUGAAAAAAUCCCAACCAGCAGCUGGAAGAGUGGAGAUAAAGAACAACCUUAAAGCAGAAACAUUUGGGCUGAGCAGAAGCACAUUAACAAAUCAAUAGGAACAGCAGGAAUGAAGAGACUUCUAUUGUUACAGGGUGGACUUUGGACACUUACCUUGCAUUUUUCCUUCCUUACUGAAAACUGCAAGAAUUUCUACAGUUGCUAAUUUAAUAUAUAUUUUGUGCCAAAAAUCUGUGAUGAGAUUUUAAUUCUUAUACACAAAAAGAGAGAAACACAAGGGAAAACCGCUUUCCACAGUAGUCUCACCUCCAACCCACAUAUGUUCCUUUAGUUUUCUGUAUCGUGUACACAUACUUAGGUUUUGGGCACUCAUUGCAAGUGUUUCUGUCAAAUACUUCACAUAAUGGCUUUUCUUAAAGAGAACAGUAUUUUCACCUUAAAGGAUAACAGCAGUCAGCAUUAAUCAGUAAUUUUGGUUCUGAGCUGCAGAUUUAGGAAUCUGACUUCAAACGCCAAAGAAAAAUCCACCUCAAAAGUGGCCCUUCAAAUGGAUAUUUUAAGGCCCUAUUUAAUUGCAGAGAGAAGAUUUUCCAAAGCAAAAAGCACACCUGCAUCUCCUGCGAAGCACCACCUCUAAAUUGACAGUAACCAGAAACGAUACUUUCCCUUAUUCUAAGUGAUCAGUAACAGGCUCUGAAAUUAUCUUGGUAAUCCUUACAAUUUUAGGCCCAAAACGUAUGCAGUUUCAGUAACAGAAGCGGGUCUAUUGAUAACGCACGCUUGUGGUUGCCAUCCGCCACCAUUUCAACAUGCAGUGAUACAACUCCUCAUGUUGUCAUAAGGACUGAUUCCAGUGCUGGUAAAAAUCAAGAGCCCAGUUGUUGGUUUCUCAUAAGUUGGGCUCUGCUUUCUCUCUUUUCUUUCCAAGAAUACAAGACAAAGCAUGGACUAGCCUGCGCCACAGUAAGUAGCCAGGUUAGUGAAGGGUGUGGAAACCUGGUGUCCUGUGAUGGACUGAAGGAAGGAAUAAAAUUCUGAUGCCCACUGUGUUUUUUUCUAAGGACUUGUCUCUGAAUUCUGAGCACAUGGUUCUCCCCUGGUUUCUCUCAGUCAGUAGAGGGAGCAUGAAAUCCUUCUAAAUCAGGUCACUAACUGUCUAUUUGUUGUUUGGGGUUUUUAACCUUUUUGUAACAUACAGUGAGUAGCUUCUUUAGCUGCCACCAGGUAAAUCACUGUAUUGUCAGGGGUUGAAAAGACUAGCUGUGAACAUUUUUACUCAGGACUAAUGAGUCAAAAAUGGAAGUAAAGAGGUACAUAGAUUUAAAAUUAUGCAGGCCUGUGAUACCAGUUUGGUUAAAAUUGGUUGUACAUAAUUGUUUUCAAACAGUUCUUGCUCUGUAUAUGACUGACUACAGAUAUAAAAGGCAUGAGAAGGUGAAAAAAUUAAUGGGGCUUGUAAUGUUGCUGAGGUUUUUAGCUGAAUUUUUUUUUGCAACCUUUCUGUUUAACAGGUAGACGUGUAAAAAACCUCUAUACUGAGCAGUCCAGCAGAAAAAGCAAUGGCUCGCAUACCUUGGCCAGUAAAACCCAGGAAAACCCCGUGCAUGAAGGGAUAGCGAUGAUGAUGUUUUCAGUAAAGUGAGUUGCAUUAGGCCAGGACUCAAAUGUGUUGGUGCAGCUGUUUGGAAGCUUUCACGUAAGCUUUGCAAGCUCAGUCUUUUGUGCAGAGAGGCUUAUGUACAUUUUCCUGUACAUAACUGACUUAAAGCACAAUAAAAGCACUGAAAGACA